AUGAAGUUCUCUCUGGCUGUUAUGCUACCUCUUGUGCUGACUUUGUCGGUUAAUGCCGCCGCUGCUGGCCUGUCUUGCAAGCCGUUCGGCAAGGCUGACACCCUGGUCGGCCAUAAUGCAGGAAACAGUGUCAAGCAGUACGAGUACGGCUACAGUGAAAAGCACAAGGCCAAGGGCUUUAUGAAGGUGACAAACUCGACGUCCCACCAGAGGUUCCAGUUUUACGAGUGUAAAGCGCCCAACGACAGCUUUGAGUCUCACCACGGCAGCGUCCACUAUGGUCAGAUUCGCCCUGUUGACAAGACUGACCUGUGUCUGAGCAACACAGGCGUCUUUGUCUACAAGGAUGGCGUCAAAAACGAGGACAGCAUCCGUCUGCAGCCGCAGGGUUCUGCCAACAUCCUCCUUCUGAAGCCCUGUGCGAGCAGGGGUGAGGAGCUUCGUCACCAGUGGUUCUCAGCUCACAACGUCGAUGGCUGCGGCCUCCGCGUGGCCCUCGAGGGCAAGAAGGAUGACAUUGAGUCGGACGGUGUGUCUCGCAACGGCGAUUGGUCGAUCUCCUUUAAUCCCUUCGCCUCAUGGGGUUUGCGUGAGGCUGUCUACCUUGCUAGCGACAAGCUCGACCCUACCUGCCCCGUGCAGAAAGCGAAGUAA